UGUGAGCAGUUCUCCUUCCAUCUUCACCAACGCCAUGUUGGAUUUCAACUUCAGUGCCACUCCUCUAAAUUCAGAGCCCUCAGUGUUUGGGUUGAUGUUUCACAACCCUGGCUCCAUCCCUGUGGACUGGGCAUUCUUGUUUCCAGAGGACCAACAGAUAGAGUUGGAGUACUGGGCAGAGACCGGAGAGUUCAGCAGCACUGAAAUGUACCAGAUGAAGGUUCAAAACAACAAACUGUUCAGCAUUACUCCUCGUUCUGGGACUUUACUUCCUGGCCAGCAGAGGGCGGUGAGCUUCACCUACAGCCAUCUCUUCGCUGGUAUGGAUCGAUUCCCUGUCGUGUUCAAACUCUCUUAUGGCAGAGAGAUCUUGGUGAACUUUCAGGGGGUGACGGUGGAGAGAGACAGACCCUUUCUUCACUUUGCCUCCAAGCGACAUGUCUUCACUUCUGUAACUAUUGGGGACUGUACUCCUCCAAAACAGGUGUAUAAAAUACACAAUCGCGGUGCAGUGCCGGUCCAUUAUACGGUGGGCACGGCCGUGUUGUUACAGCUGCAGGAGGACAACUUUAACCAUCCAGUGCUGUGCUGCCUCAAUCCAGAGGGACAGGUCCGUCCUGGAGAGACGGCCCUGCUGGGAUGGAUCUUCUCUCCAUUGGAGGCCAAGAUGUACCACGUGGAUAUUCCGAUCCACGUGAAGGACGGGGAUUCCACGCUUGUGAAGUUUGAGGGAUGUGGUUUGGAUUCUCCCACUCUCAUCUCCAAAAUCCCAUCUCACUGCAAUGAACUCUGUGUCCAGAGAAGGCCUUUCCCGGGACAG